AGCUUGUAUGCUCAGUGUUUGUUUUUUGCUUCUACAUCAGAGAGAGAUUAUGUGGAUUUUAGUUCUCUGUUUAACUAUUGUUUCAUCUUCACCAUCAUCCAGACAUAAAUUGAUUGAAACUGAAAAUGGUCAUUUUCUGAUAAAACUGAAGGAUAAGACAACACCGUUAACUAAACUUACCUCAGCAACGGGAACAAAAUCGACAGAGUUUAGUGGAAUUGUGGGUAGCGAUUAUGGAAUUGCUUGUGAAUCCAUGAAGUGUGAUUGCAGUGGCUCGAGAAGGAAACGAGAUGUAUCAGCAUGCUGUAACUGCGAUAACUAUGAAGAGGAAGAUGAGGAUGAGGUUGAGGAUGGAAAAGACCUUGUAAGCAAUAAAAUAACACCAGGUUCUGAUGAAGAUGAUGAAGAAGAUGUUGAAUACGAAGUGGAAUACGUUGUGGAAGGAAUAGAUGAUAGUGUGGAUGAAAAUGAAGAAGCUGAAGAUGUUGAAGAAAAUGAUGAUGAUGAAGAAGAUGAAUAUGAUGAUGAUGAUGACGAUGAAGGGUCAUCCCGCACAAUUAUGCAUAUCUAACAUCCUCAUCAUAAUUUAAGAAGAAGGAUAAAUGCUGGAUACGGAAUCGAACCCAAGAAAAAAUACUGUUUUGAGAUGAGAAAUAAAUUCUUUUUAAUUUUAA